AUGUCUGGAGUUUUUCACACCCUUAAAACCCGCCUCGCCGUAAUCACUGGUGCCACAGGGACGCUCGGCACACCUAUUGCGCGACGGUUUGCGCAGGAGGGUGCCAGCGUCAUCGUGGCCAGCCGGAACUGUGAGAGGGCGCAGAAGACAUUGGAGAGUCUGAAACUUGAGGAGUCGUGGCCGGGUCAGGAGCACCGGUGUUUUGAGAUGGAUGUCAAAGAGACGGGGGAUUGGGAGCGGCUUGUGAAGGAGCAUAAAUCCAUCGACAUCCUCGUUAAUUGCGCCGGCCUCGACCAGCACAAACUCCUUGUUAAGAUGACAGAAAAAGAAGUUGAUGAACUCCUCCAGACCAACCUGACCUCCACGAUAUGGGGUUGUCGGUUUGUCGGGAGGCAGAUGAUGCAACGACAGGUGAAGGCUCAACGGCAGAGCCAUAAGACAGCAGAGAGAGCUUCUCAAAGGGAAGAGGAACAGCCAUUUGGAGGAGCCAUCAUCAAUGUUUCCAGCGUGUUAGCACAGAGAGGAAUGGUUGGGACGAGUAUUUAUUCCGCUGCUAAGGCUGGGAUACUAGGUCUUACAACGUCCCUUGCCCUCGAGCUAGGUCAAUACAACAUCCGCGUCAACGCCGUCCUCCCUGGUCCGAUUACCGGUUCUGUCAUGACAGAAAGCCAGCAUGAUGGUAUCUCGCGAGCAGGCGGGGGCAGUGUCGCUCCCCAGACAGACAGUAUUGCUGCUGCCAGCCUGCUCUGA